AUGCAAUCCCACGCCCCUUCCUCUCGGAUAUCGAAGCCCCCUCGGCCACCGAGCACAGAGAAGCCCAACAAACGCCGCCGCAAAGCCCUAUCCUGCUACGACUGCCGCCGCCGAAAACUGCGCUGCGACCGCGGGCAGCCGGCAUGCAGUCGGUGUCGGAAAGGCGGGAUCGCAGAGACGUGUUCCUACGAUGGUUAUGAGGUGCUUCUUGGGGUGGGACUCGGCGAGCAGCAGCAGCAGCAGCACCAGCACCAGCUGCAACCGACCACGACCGCGUUGAAUACUGCGUAUACGCCGGCUGAUUUGGUCGGGCGGGGGCCCGGGGCGGUGCAGGGUACGCCUGUCCGCCAGGCUGACGGGCCGGCUGUCGCGGAGAGCAGUGUGGUCUCGUUGGCGGCGUCGCAGAAUGCGGGAAGUUGGCAGCUGCUUGGGCGGCUGUCGUCGGCGAAGGGGAUUAAUGAGGAGCGGCCGUCGAUCCGGAGUAAUGCAGAGGAUAUUGUGGGGGGUUUGGCGCCUCCUGGUGGUGCGGAUGCGAUGCUGCGGGCGGAGACGCCGAUUCUGCGGGGCCAGAAUUUCAAGACGCAUUACUAUGGGAGUACGAAUCCGAUUAGUUUGAUCUCGCAUUUCCCCGAGCUGAGAUCGUUCAUGAAGGAGACUAUCAUGCAGCCCACCGCGCUGCCAACUCUACAGCGGGAGCUGAAGACUCUGCAGGUGAAAUGGAAGGCGAUGCGAACGGACCUUUUGCCGCAGCAUGACUGGGAGCUCGUCGGGCUUCUGCCGGAUCAGGAGACCAUGGAUGCGCAGGUGUAUCUCUACUUCGAGUCCUUCGAGAACAUCUACCGCAUCCUGCACUACCCCAGUUUCAUGAAGGAGUAUGACGCGUUCCGCCAGGAUAGUCGGUCCGCGCGGCCCGCGUUCGUCGUCAUCCUGAUGCUUAUCCUCGCCUGUGUGGGCUGCCUCGCGCAGCAAGGCCAGCCCAAGUAUAUCGGGGACAGUGCGAUGGCGCGCGAGCGCGCGACGUUAUGGGUCGAGGCGGCAGAGGCGUGGCUUCCGCGGCAGAGCCAGAAGCACAUCUAUCUGGCCAUCUGGCAGAUCCGCUGCCUGUUGCUUGUGGCGAAGAUGGUGAAUAUCGUGAAGAAGAAACGCACCUGGACGGCGGCGGGGACCCUGGUGCGACAGGCCAUGUCGGCGGGCUUUCACCGCGACCCGACCAUCCUGGGCGACCGGGUAUCUGUGUUCGACAUGGAGAUGAGACGCCGACUCUGGGCGACGAUUCUGGAGCUAGAGCUGCAGGUCUCGACGGACAGGGGCAUGCCAUCUGCCUCGGCGGGGCUGACGUCGGACACUGCGCCGCCCGUGAACAUUGAGGAUGAAGCGCUGACGGUGGACGCCGAGGCGCUCCCCGCUUCCCAGCCAUCGAGCGUCUACACAUUGUGCUCAUUUUUGCGGGUGUCGGCCUCCAAUUUCGCGCUGCGGACGUCCUUGAACUCCCUUGUUAACGAUAUACACACACAAUCGGUGUACGAGGACGUACUGAGCAGUGAGGAACAGAUCAUGAGCGAGCUGCACAAAUUCCCUUCCUGGACCGACGCCACAUACGGGCCAACCCGCGGGAAUCCGACCCUGACCCGAGCACUGCUAGACAUCCAGCUGCGACACUAUCUGAUCUUGCUGCAUGCGCCCUUCGCACGACAGGCCGACACGAAUCCGCGCUAUUCGUUAUCGCGGAUGGUGUGCUUCAACGCGGCAUUCCGCCUCAUCGAGCAGCACCGACAGCUCACCGAUACCGGGAACUAUCUGCUCCUGCUCCUACGCCACGACUACUUCAAGAGUGCGCUGGUGAUUUGCCACAACAUGUACAUUGCCGCCACCAUCCAAGGUAUGGCUCACCUGUCUCGGCUGAUUGGAACACGGACUGACGGAGUAGACAACCUCCUUCUGCGAUCCAACAGCACCACGUUCAUCCAAUACAUCGAGGACGUGCUGCACCUGCUGGAGGAGAAGACCUCGCGUCUGGGCACGGGGUACACGCACUACUGGUACAUCGCGGCGGCGUCGGCCUUCCUGCGGUCGCGCAUCGACCCCGCGCACUCCCCGGUGCAGAAGGAGGAGGCCAUCCACGAGGUGGUGCGCCAGUAUCAUCGGGUGCUGGCUCACCAAGGCGACCUACACAAAGCGAAAGAACUUCUCUUCCCCCUCCGUCUCGGCACGAUCCUGAUCGACUCAACACGAGCGAGCUAAUAGCGCGAUAGAACAAGAAAAAGUCCGCAGGUGGCGUGUCCGACGGCGAUAACCCUAUACAGCUUGCUUUUCUCCUUUGAUAGAGUUUUAGCAAAACAGAAAAAAAAUCACUCACCCAAACAAUAGCACCAGAGCACCGACCCUAAUGGUAGGAGAGGGAGGGGCCAUGGAGAUUUUGACAAGCCACACUAGUCAUGACUUGUUCCACCACCGCAUCCUGUGCAAUCUAUUGGGGGCCUUUGGUCAAAACCAGGAGGUUCUCGCCCUGACUCGAUGGCGCAACAAAGGAGAGAAACACAAAGAAGUAAACAGAGUCAACAGAGUUGUGCGCAUGGAUUACAUAACCAGUGCCACGCCGACGAUAAGCGGAGAGGAUAUUUUGACUUUGACUUUGGGGAGAAGAUGCUGCAGUAUGUAGGCAAUAGAUAGAGAUACUAAGUAGAUGGUAUAGAUCGCAAAGAGAUAGGAG